AAGCCUAUCUAGCUGCUGGCCGCUAGCGGACAGAAUUUCUGAGUUUUCCCAGUGUUGUUCGAGUUUAGGCGUAGUUCGUUGACUUUGUUAUUCAUUUAUUGUAUUUUUUAUAAAUUUUCCUCGAAGUGUGUGAUGUGUAUUUUUGGUCGCGGACGUGAUGGCAAAGUAUUUCUCGAAUUCGCAAUGAAAUGAGCGCCUAUAAACAUGCAAUCGACGAGUGUUUUUCUUUUGUCAAGUGAUGAAAAAUCUGUGAAUGAUUAAUUUCAAUUAAAAAUAUUCUAAAAUCACGAGUGUUUUACGGGAACUAGUGAUUGUUUCUUAAGUAUGGUGUUGCGAUGCCAUUGCCUGUUUGGAAUCUUAGCUUUUUGAUUUCGCUGUGUUGCUGUGAUGGAAUAAUUCAAUUUUCCGUUUAUGAUUUUCCCGACGUUUGCAACGUGGCCCAACUACUCCCUGUUUCGAAUAAGCACACGUACGUAGCCAAAUAUGGCGGAAAACAAAUCUAGGUUCAAGAAGUGCUUCCGUCGCAGCCUUAUAUUAUCGGUGCUGGUCUCAACAAAUAAACGACGAUUGUUGCGAUUUCAACUGUGAAAACAUGAACUGAAAUGUUUGAUCGGCUCAUAUCGGUCCGAAAAUGAACGUUAUCAGGAUUUGAAAAAAUAAUUUGGUGGUGAUGAUACAAAGGGGGAGUGAAUAGUGAGGUUAAUGGAGAUCCAUACCGGAAUGCCUUCUCAAGCACAGAUGGCCUAUGCACAACGGACCACUGCGCUUCACAGUCGUGGAAGUCACCCGGGCCCAGAACCGCAGCUGUACAAGAGUGCAAGGUCAGCUGUGGCGGCGCCGCAGAGUCCAGCGGCUGCGGCUGCGGCAGCUGCAGCCGCAGCAGCCAAUUACAGCAGCUAUCCUCCGGCCGCCGCAGCUCCUCCCGCAUCCUUGCGGUAUGCGGCUCUGCAGCAAUCACCUUACGGCACCGCUGUACCUUACCGGGAGAACCCAUACACUGUCCGUAGUCCUGCCCUAGUUGCGCCACCGGACAGGGAUCGUGAUCGGGAGCGACAGAGUAUGUAGUAAGUGUUGAAACCUAAACGCAAUUGCUCUUUGUAGCA